AUGGAAAGCAAUGAGUACGAGAUCAGACAGGAUGGAGGGGCGACAGCAUGGCUCCAAGUUUUCGGAUGUUGGCUGCUCUUCAUGAACACAUGGGGUCUAACAAACUCCUUCGCCAUCUUCGAAACAUACUACACCGAUACCAAACUCCCUACCACCAGUCCUUCGUCCAUAUCAUGGAUUGGCUCUUUGCAACUCUUCCUCACGCUCUUCAUCGGCGUUUUCGCAGGCUGGUUCUUAGACGCUGGAUACAUCCGGGCCGUAAUUGUCAUCGGCAUGUCCUUCGAGGUUGUUGGGAUGUUCAUGACGAGUCUUUGUGAGACGCAGUGGCAGCUCCUCCUCGCGCAGGGCGUGUGCGUUGGGAUAGGGAGUGGAAUUUUGGCUUUUACCAGCGCGGCCGUGAUUCCAUUUUAUUUUACUAAGAGGAGGAUGCUAGCCGCAGGGAUUGUGAGCACGGGUAGUAGUGUGGCUGGCGUCGUAUAUCCCCUGAUGAUGCGCGAGCUCUUCCAAUCUGUCGGAUUCUCCUGGGCAGUCCGCAUCCUGGCCUUCGUUAUCCUAACUACACUGCUUCUGAGCAUUGUGGUCUUGAAACCUCUCACAAGGCGCAAGAAACAUGCUGCGUUUUUUAAAGCGAGCUUUCUACGCGAUACUGCAUAUACACUUUUUAUCCUCGCCUACGCAUUCAUGGUUGCCGGGGUUUAUGUUCCGUACUUUUAUAUUCAAAAGUAUGCGUUGGAAUUGGGAAUUGAUGAAGAUAUGACGUUUAACGUCAUUAGCAUUAUGAAUGCUGCGACAUUCUUUGGGCGGUUUCCGUAUAACUACCUCGCAGACAUGUACGGCGGUAUCACAAUCCUAAUACCCUGCUGUCUCGCCACUUCCCUCCUCCUCUUCCUCUGGCGCUUCGUCCACACCCUCUCUGGCCUAAUCGCCAUCUCUGCAACAUACUGUUUCGUAACCGGCGGUCUGGUCUCCCUGCCGGCCGUCACCAUCGCUAAUCUCACGACCAACAAAUCCGAGUACGGGACUAGGAUGGGCAUGGGAUAUACUGUUGCAGCGGUAGGCGCAUUGGUCGGAAAUCCGAUUGCGGGGGCGGCGAGAAGGGCUGGAGGUGGAAUGGUUCGGGAGGGGGGUGUGGGACUGGGUGUAGAUGUUGGAGAUGUUAUGGCGAGGUGGCAAGGUGCGUGGUUUGUGGCUGGUGUGGUAUUGUUGAUGAGUACGGGGCUGAUGGGAGUGGCAAGGUGGGUCAGAGUGGGUUGGAAUUGGAGAGUUAAGUUGUGA